AUGACACCGUGUAUAGCUGGAAGCAACGUUCCAAAGGAACAAAACAUGUCUGACUUUUGGGAUGAUCGUGAAUUUACCUUAGCGGGAAGGGUGGUGGAAGAGAAAAGUGCAGGAGAGUUGGAGGGAGUGGUUGUCAUACCCAAAUGUACAAAGCUAUUCGUGUCCUCGAUGAGGAGGGUAGCGGGAAGAUUGUUGUGGCGAAUGAAGUAUUGUUUGUCAAGCAUUAUUGCUGCAACAAUAGCAACAACAACAACAGUAGCAACGACAACAACAACAAUAGCAACAACAACUUGUGCUGCCGCUGCUAUUGGCGCUGCUGCAACUGCAACAAUUACAGGAACCGUUUAUGUUGCGCCUCUUCAUGUAUCAUCAUCAUUUUCAUCAUUCUUUAUUGUCUUACCGCUCAUAACCACAAUUCUUCUAAUUGUUCCCGAACAAGCUCAUUCAACAGCGACAGUUACCGAACAUCGAUGUUAG